CUUCAACCUAAAACGUAGUAUUUUGAAUUUAAUUCUGCAGCUUCAAAUCUAACUCUCGAUCGAAUAUGUGUUUCUUUGAUAUUCGGCGCGAUCAAAAUUUGACGGUGGUGAAGAUGGAUGUGGCUUGGUGGAUGGAAGCGGCUCCUCCGCAGAUAAUUUUCCCUGAGAAGCCAUCAACUUGUCCGAUUCUAGAGACCAUUUUAGAAGAACGAGAGACCGAAGAAGACGAUCAUGACCAUGAAAAGGAAGACGUCUAAUGAUCCUUUGAUCGACAUUUCGUCUUGAUUAUAGAUAGACCCGACCUUUGGUUGUAUUUUUCUAUGAAUGUAUAAGACGAGAUUUUGUAUAUUUAUAAAUCAUAUCAUAAAUCUUAUGAUAAUUAUAUAAUAGUCCU